AUGGUCAUGGACGCGUUUCAUGCUGACGUAUUGAUCGUCGGCGCUGGGUUGUCUGGGCUCACAGCCGCUUACACCAUUCUCAAACAGACCGUAGGCAGCAACGCAACAUCUGGCGCUACGCAUACACCGGCAAAAGCUACUACCACAAUGUCUGAUAGUGCACAUGCGAAGCCGACACCCAGUAUAACCAUACUGGAAGCCAGAAACAGACACGGCGGACGUGUGUUUAGUGACAGGACCUUGGGCUACGACUACGGCGGUGCAUGGAUAUGGCCUGGCUCAACACCUCAUGUGGAGACCCUCAUAGCGGAAUUUGGUGCAUUGGAGACCUUUCCCCACGUAGAGCGCACCAUGGAUGGUGCCCGCAUGACGAAGGGGAUGCAGUCUCUGACAGACAGCCUGCUGCAGAGCAUAUCCAAGGUCGAGGGAGUAACAGUGGUGUAUGACCAUGCCGUGCAGAGUGUGGAGGCAGUGUCUGGGGCAGAUGGGUCACGGGUGGUGAGUGUGAGUGCAGCAGACAAGCCAACAUACAGUGCCAGGGCUUUGGUUCUGGCUCUGCCGCCCAGGUUGGCGAGUGAGCUCUCGUUUAGUCCGGCACUGCCGCAGAAGCGUCUGACUGCCAUGAGGAAUACGAACACGUGGAUGGCCAACACCGGGAAGAUCUUGAUGGCAUUUGACACGCCAUGGUGGAUGGUGUCAGGUCUUAGUGACACAUUCCGGAUGCCCAGAGGACCCAUAGUGCAGUUCUUCGACCACUCGGAUAAGGCCUUUGAUACACCUGUACUGGGCGGGUUUAUCACGCCGUCAGCGCCGGAGAGCGAUGCAGAGCUGAAGGCGGCCGUAGUGGCGCAAUUAGAACAGGUAUUCGGCAAAGAAAAAUCACAUCCGACUUAUAUCAGUGUGAAGCGAUGGUACAAGGACUCGUACACAGCACACACACUGGACCUGCAAAGUAGUGGGGGACAUCCCAGACCCAACCCAACCCUCAAACAGAGUGAGAUGGGCGGGUUACUUGUGUUUGCGGGCGCAGAAAGCGCAGCAGAAAAUGCAGGAUUGCUGGAUGGCGCAGUGGAUGCCGGCAAACGAGCGGCCUUUGAGAUUGUCGAAUACCUCGACGACAGUGAUAGUACAGCCCAUGUGGGACGCUCCGAUAUGUGA